AUGGCACAAUACAAGGGCACCAUGCGCGAGGCGGGCCGCGCCAUGCACCUGAUCCAGAAGCGCGAGAAGCAGAGGGCGCAGCUGCAGGUGCUGAAGCAGCGCAUCGCCGAGGAGACCAUCAGCAAGUGCAAGGUGGACAAGCAGUUCUCGGCGCACUACGACGCCGUGGAGGCCGAGCUGAAGUCCAGCACCGUGGGCCUGGUGACGCUGAACGACAUGAAGGCCAAGCAGGAGGCGCUGGUGCGCGAGCGCGAGGCGCAGCUGGCGCGCCGGGCGCAGCGCGAGGCCAAGCGGCGGCGGCUGGAGGCGCGGCGCGAGGGUGAGCGGCGGCGCGCGCGCCAGCGCCAAAUCCGCGGCCUGUCCUUCUCGCUGGACGACGCCGACGACGACGACAUCGGCGGCCCCGAGGCCGGCGCCCGCCAGCGGCACCUGGGCAAGAACCCGGACGUGGACACGAGCUUCCUGCCGGACCGCGAGCGCGAGGAGGCCGAGAACCGGCUGCGCCAGGAGCUGCGGCGCGAGUGGGAGGCGCGGCGCGAGCAGGUGAAAGGCGAGGCGGUGGACGUGACCUUCAGCUACUGGGACGGCUCGGGCCACCGGCGCACGGCGCGGAUGUGCAAGGGCAGCACGGUGCAGCAGUUCCUCAAGGCCGCGCUGCAGGGGCUGCGCAAGGACUUCCGCGAGCUGCGCGCGGCGGGCGUGGAGCAGCUCAUGUACGUCAAGGAGGACCUCAUCCUGCCGCACCACCACACCUUCUACGACUUCAUCGUGGCGCGGGCGCGCGGCAAGAGCGGGCCGCUCUUCAGCUUCGACGUGCACGACGACGUGCGGCUGCGCAGCGACGCCACCCGGGAGAAGGACGAGUCGCACGCGGGCAAGGUGGUGCUGCGCAGCUGGUACGAGAAGAACAAGCACAUCUUCCCGGCCAGCCGCUGGGAGCCCUACGACCCCGAGAGGCGGUGGGACCGCUACACGGUGCGCUGA